AAGACAAAAAUGAGGAGCAAUUUGCAAAUCUUAUUUAUACUUUUGUCUGUUACAAAAUUUGAUGUGAUCAGUGCUUUUUUUGGACCAACUAUUGUUAUCUGUGAAGAAUUUCAAUUCUAUGGAAAUUGCAUCAAGGAUAAAUUAUGCUUGUGCUAUCGAAACUCUUGGUAUAAUACCUCGUUUGGUUAUAUAAGAAGUGUCAGCUCUGAAAUCAACGCCUUUUCGGAUAUCUGCGAUUCCUGCUCUAGCCCUCAGCCAAUAAAGUGUAUAAAUGGAAGCGUAUAUUCGCGGAUUAUAACAGGGCUUAGUACAUUAAACCUAAUACGUCAGACCAGUAAGUACAUCGAUUUAACUUUUAUUCUAAAACAGAAAAUUUAG